GAAUAACCUGUUGAGCGAGUAGAAUCCAAGAGCCGUGCAGGUGGGGGAACAGUUCUGGGCAGCACAGCAACGUCCCCUCUGCACCGGCAUGCAGCAAACCUACUGGGAGUACAGAGAGUAACGGGAUAGUAACCGCCUGGAUAUGGCUUUAAGCGUUUCUUUGAAGCGGGUAACCAACCUGCCGGGGACACAUGAGAGACAGGUGACACUCAAUUUUCGAGGCUUUACACACAAAAGCAAGAAACUCAAAACAGGAUCCUUAGCAGAAUUUGCAGAGCUUUACCGAUGGCCCCAUUAUGGAAAGCCGGUGGAUGAAGAGCUUCUAACGGUGAAGGUGUACAACUGCAGUAAAGUUUUCUCUAAUCGGGUACUAGGCACUUUGGUCAUCAGUCUCCAACAUCUUACAAAGACUGGCCGACUAUUCCUCACCGAAACCUUAGUGGACAAAAAUCACAGAAUAACCGGGAUCUGUAUUGAGUUGGAUAUCCGAUAUCAGCCUCCAGAUGGGACUGCGGGUACAUGGGUGGAAGAGGAUUUCUGCUCAACUGUUGAAGAUAGUAAUGCCAUCAUUAUCCGGAAUAUUGGGUUUGAAGAUGAUGACGCUGAGACCGACAGUGCUCGGAAGAAAGAUAAAGAAGCUGUGCGAAUGGGAAGAGAUCUGAUCAAGAGGGAUGACGAUGAUGAUGAUUACGAUGAUGACGACGAUGAUGAUUUUGAUGAAUCGGAUUUACAGAUUUCUGGGAUCACUUUCACCCCUGUGCUGAGCCGAUGCACUUUUCCAUCAAGAGAUAAUAUCACCAACCCCAAACCCAGACACUUCCAGAUUGCAGUCACUAUUGUACAAGCUCAAAAGCUUGUUGGAGUGAAUAUUGAUCCCAAAGUUUACAUCAGGGUCGGGGAGGAGAAACGGCACACUUCUACACAGAAAUCUACCAACUGCCCCUAUUAUAACCAGUACUUUCUUUUUGAAUUUCUUGAACCGCGGGACAUCUUGUUUGAUAAACUUAUUGAAAUAUCUGUUGUCCAUGAUAAGAAAAUCUCAUUUCUUGGAACCCGUUUGGGGACAUUUAAGAUAGAUGCUGGGACUGUAUAUAACAAUCCAGAUCACAGGUUUACCCAGAAGUGGGCUGUCAUCACUGACCCGAAGGACACCAGGGCUGGAAUAAAGGGAUUUGUGAAAUGCAACCUGUCUGUCCUUACCAAAGGGGACUCCAUGGCAGCUCCUCCGUCUUCCACCAGUAGCCAGAGUGAUGAUAUUGAAAAGAACCUUCUGCUUCCCAAGCGAAUUCCAGCAGAAAGACCAUGGUCCAAAAUCUGUGUCAAAAUAUUCAAGGCAGAAGGUCUGCCGAGUAUGAACUCUGGGAUUAUGGGAAGUUUCUCUAAAAUCAUUGGGGAUAAGAAAGUGUUCAUAGAUCCGUAUGUCCAGGUCUGCUUUGCCGGUCAGCAGGGUGAAACCGGUGUGGAGAACGACACGACUGUUCCAGAAUGGAACGAGCAGAUCAGUUUCAUCGAGCUGUUUCCACCACUGUCACGGAAACUUAAAAUCCAGAUUUUGGAUGAUGCCCAUAUUGGAGAUGUUGCCGUGGCAACCCAUUUUAUUGAUCUGCAGCAAAUAUCUGACCCCAGCAAAAAUGCUGGCUUUAAUCCAACAUUUGGUCCUGCCUGGGUCAAUCUUUAUGGAUCCCCUCAAAACUAUACCCUGAGAGAUGUCCAUAAGGAUCUGAAUGAAGGUCUGGGUGAAGGAAUCUUCUACAGGGGCCGCAUCUUAGUCGCUGUCUCGGUGGAAAUCUUUAACAACAACAACAUUCAAGAAAACAAGCCACUGGUGGCUCUAAAGAAUGCAUUCAGCAAACUGAAGAUAAAGAAGAAGAGCAAGAAAUCCAAGGAGAAAGAGAAAGAGAAUGCGGCGGAACUGGCCGAAGGGGAGGGCGGGGAAGGAGAAAAUGAGCAACCUUCUGCUGUCACUGUGGAGGUUGAUGACAUUCUCCCUCUGCCAGAGAAUGCCUUGGGGCCCAAGGAGGAAUUCCUUUUAUUCGGCACUCUGUUUGAGGUUACAAUGAUUGACCCAAGCAUUGGCACCAAACCUGUCAAAUUUGAAGUCUCUAUAGGAAACUAUGGAAAAACUGUAGAACUGAUAACAAAAUCCUCCAAGAAAAAAGAAAAAAAGGAGAAAUUAGAACCGGUUUCUGAAGACCGUCAGUCUCUUUUGGACACAGGCUCCGAGGAUGAGCUGGAAACAGAGGCAGCGCCCCCUCCUAAAAAUGAGGGUAUAUCAAUCACACCCAGCAAGAAGCCCGAGCCUACAGAAUAUGAUAGCUCGUACAGCUGCAUUCCCCUGAUCAACGACAAGCCCUGUGUGUAUGUGUGGAGUUACUGGGAGGACCACACCUGGAGGCUGAACAUUUCUAACUGGAUUGUAAAGAUCGCUGAACGCUUGGAACGUGGCCUGGAUGAGGUGGAGAAACUUACCAGGAGGCCAAAAUCCAAGCCAGAAGCACGUCUCAAGCAAGUUUUGGAAGAGUUUGUAGCUGGCUGCAGGCAAUACUCUAUCAAUGCUGGCAAGAAAACAAUGACUCGGCCCAAUAACCUGGAUCAGUGCAGGAUGAAGUCACUCAGUUAUAACCUUAUUCUUUAUGCCAAACAAGCUCGCAGGGCAAUCAGAAGGCUUACUAAAGACAAUGUGAAGGAGAAACUGAGCGACGGGAAGAAAAUCCUUGCCAAAGUCAGAUUCGUAGCCAAAGAGCCUCAGUGCACUCUUCCAGACGUUCUCAUUUGGAUGUUUAGCAAUGAGAAGAGGAUGGCAUAUGCGCGGAUCCCUGCCCAAAAUAUCCUCUAUUCAGUGGUGGAAGAAGAGAAGGGGAAAGACUGCGGCAAGAUCAGUACUGUCUUUUUCAAGCUCCCAGGGUCAUAUAAUGGAGAAAUCUUUGCAAAAGCCGAAGUUUAUAUGUGGCUUGGAGUAACCAAAUACUCCAAGAACAGUACUGCUGACCUGCCCCAGGAUUUCUUGCAUCUGUACGACAAUAAUGGGCAAAUAACGGAGUCUCCACCCUUACCCCUCACACCUCCAAUCAAAAUCACUCGGGAUGAUUUCUAUUACUUCCAGCUCCGUGCUCACCUGUACCAGGCCCGAGGUAUCCUUCCUGCUGAUGAUAAUGGCUUGUCUGAUCCCUUUGCCAGAGUCGUAUUUGGAAACCAAUGUUUGACCACGCAGGUCAUGAAUGAAACUCUGGCUCCCAUGUGGAAUGAGCUACUAUUGUUUGACCAUCUUGUUUUGGAUGGGAAUAAAGAAGAUAUAAAGGAUGACCCUCCCGUGAUCAUUAUCAACAUAUAUGAUCAAGACAAAUUUGGAGCCCCUGAGUACCUUGGACGUGCAUUUGCCACCCCAAUUGUCACUCUGCUUACUGACGAUGAUGAAGAUGGCGAGGACACAGGGCCCAAGUACAUUCAGCCUGCCCUGCAGUUCUUCGAUAUUGUCAAAGGGAACAAAGAAGCCGGAGAACUGAUUGCGACUUUUGAAUUAAUUGAACUCAAUAGCAAAAAGUACUUGGAGCCGACUAUUCCGGAGCAUGUGUACCCAGUCAACCCAGAUUUUAUGGACGAGGAGACCGAUCGUUACAUAAUCCCUGCUGGGAUCCGUCCAACUCUCAAGGAAUUCAGAAUUGAGAUUCUAUUCUGGGGGUUGAGAGAUCUAAAAAGGAUAAACCUAUUCGAGGUGGAGCAGCCUCAGGUGCGCAUUGAGUGUGCCGGCAAGAAAGUGGAGUCUGAAGUUAUCUUGAGCUGCAAAGAAUUUCCCAAUUUCACAGAGCUGGUUAAAUUUGUGGAUGUGGAGCUUCCAGAGCAAGUGUACCUUCACCCACCCUUGAGCAUCUUUGUGGUGGAAAAGCGGGCAUUUGGGCGCUCUGUUAUGGUUGGUUCCGCAGUGGUGUCUCAUCUCAUGAAGUUCGCUCCCAAGGAGUUGGAAGAGAAGAAUGAAGAUGAGGCUAAACAAAAACAAAAGAAGAUGCUUACCCGUUUAACCAACUUGACAACUGUGAUAAACAUUGAAUCAGAAGACAAAGGAACAGACAGCAAAUUCAACCCCCUCAAUAUUGUGAAGGACCCUUUAAGUAAACUGUCAUCCAAAAUAUUGAAAGAAGAAGAACUUGAAGAAGAAAGGCCAGAUAAAGAGGAAUUGGACUGGUGGUCAAAGUACUAUGAAUCCUUGCGAGAAUUAAAUGAACAGGCAGCAGCUGCUGAAGAGGAAGAAGAAGCAGAAAAUGAAGAACAAGGUGAUGGAAACGUUGCCGCUUUAGACGCUGAAGGUGAUGAUGUUUCUAUGGUGGUGGAGAUCGCCAAGCCAAAACGGAAACCGAUUGCUACUCUCACGAUUUAUAAUUCAGAGCUUGAGAAUGAAUUUGAUAACUUCCAAGACUGGCUGUAUAUAUUCCCCCUGCACCGCGGAAAGGCACUCGAUGAUGACGAUGGUGAAGAUGACAACUAUAUGGGAAAAUAUAAGGGAUCCUUUUUUAUCUACCCUGCUUCCGAGGCCACCUCUGAAAACCAGAUAAUGAAGGGCGUACCGAGGAACCGGCCAAUCAAAGUGCUUGUUAGAAUCUACAUUGUUAAAGCAACAGAGCUGUCCCCGACAGACCCGAAUGGAAAAGCGGAUCCAUAUGUGGUGGUGAAAGUGGGGGAACAAGAGAAAAACAGCAAGGAACGAUAUAUCCCCAAGCAGCUGAAUCCAGUGUUUGGAGAGGUAUUCGAAAUGACCAUUUCCUUCCCCAUCGAGACAGAGCUCCUAAUCCAAGUGUUCGACCACGAUCUGGUGGGAUCAGACGACUUAAUUGGGGAGACUAAACUGGACCUGGAAAAUCGUUUCUACAGCAAUCACCGGGCAAACUGCGGGCUGGCGUCCCAAUACGAUAUAGAAGGGUACAAUGAAUGGAGAGAUGCCUUUAAGCCCUCUCAGAUUUUAAGUUCUUUAUGUAAGAAGCACGCUCUUCCUGCCCCAGAGUACAGGAGGGAGGAGGUCAAGGUGAACAACAAGCUCUUUAAAAUUCCAAAUGAAGCCUUUCCUGAAGAGGCGUUCCAAAGAGAUAGGAACAAAGAGUCGGAUGAGAUGUUGUCGGGGUAUGAUGAACACAAAGCCUUGUAUGUUCUCCAACACUGGGAUGAGAUGCCAGAAUAUGGUAACAGAUUAGUACCGGAACACGUGGAAAGGCGUACUCUGUAUAAUGAAGAGAACCCAGGCCUGGGGCAGGGCACGCUGCACAUGUGGAUAGAUAUGUUUCCAACAGAUGUACCUGCUCCUCCCCCUGUAAAUAUAAAACCACGGGAGCCAAUAAGUUAUGAACUGCGUGUCAUCAUUUGGAAUACUGAUGAUGUUAUCUUAGAUGACGUCAACCCUUUUACUGGAGAGCCCUCUAGUGACAUCUACGUCAAGGGCUGGAUAAGGGGUUUAAACAGCGAUAAGCAGGAGACCGACGUGCAUUUCAAUUCCCUCACCGGAGAAGGCAACUUCAACUGGCGCUUUGUUUUCCAAUUCGACUACCUCCCCACCGAGAAGGAGAUCACGUAUAAGAAGAAGGAGUCCAUUUUCUCCUUGGAGGAGUCAGAGUUUCGAGAGCCGGCUGUGCUAGCCUUGCAAGUUUGGGACUACGAUCGGAUUUCCGCAAACGACUUCCUUGGGUCCAUAGAGUUGAAAUUAAACGACAUGGUACGAGGGGCAAAGACCUCCCAACAGUGCACCAUAAAAAUGGCCAAGGACAGGGCCACUCCCCGCUUCUCCAUCUUCAGAAAUAAGCGCAUGCGGGGUUGGUGGCCCUUCGUCAAACUGAAAAGCGAGGAGGAUGAAGAGAGAGAGGAACGAGAGGCCAAAGACAAAAAGAAAAAAAAGAAAAAGAAGAAGAAGAACGUGAGGAUAGAGGACGUGCAGUACACAGAUUCCAGUGGGAAUAUUUUCAUACUAGCGGGGAAAGUGGAGGCAGAGUUUCAGUUGCUCACGCUUGAAGAGGCAGAGAAGAGUCCCGCUGGUCGGGCGCGUAAGGAACCAGAACCCCUGGAAAAACCUAAUCGUCCCAAAACCUCAUUUAAUUGGUUUGUAAACCCUUUGAAGACCUUUGUCUUUUUCAUAUGGAAGAAAUACAAGAAAUAUAUCAUCGCGCUGGUAAUCAUCGCCAUCUUGGCUAUGUUCCUGGUCCUCAUUUUGUACACCAUGCCCGGAUACAUCAGUCAGAAGAUCAUCGGCGGUUAGUGCUAAUAUAUGCUAUGCAUAUCUGAGUGCAAUGGACAAACGACGGCUUUUUAUAGCAUUCCGGGAUAUUAUCAUCAGGUUUGAGUUUAGACAAUGGCUCUUUCCAUAAACCCAACAUGUGUUUGCAGCUUGGAAGGUAUCGCUCCUUUUUGCUCGAGGCUACUCCAGGUUCUGCUGUGACCUCAGUCUGUAAAUAUAUCAUCACUUUAUUAACCGUUAUUCGGAAUAAUUUAUAAUUAUAUUGUUGGAUUAUAAUUUAAUGCUUUACGGUACUUUCAUGUGUUUUUAUUUGUAUUUGUAAUUGUACUAAACUGUGUUUUCUCCAUCAAUCAAUGAAUAUGUAAAGUUCUCUCUACCUCUUUAAUUUUAAGACAAGGGAUAGACAACCGUUUAGGUGGCCGUAGGUAUUAAGAUCCGCUCGUUUGGCAAGGUUGCAAUUGGCCCUACAAUUGAAUUACAUAG